ACACAAGACCAACAAGACCGCAAGAGAGAAGCGCAAUCGCUGAGCGCAAGUAAACCAACAAGCAUGGAAGUACCAAGUCCAAGUGACUGCUAGCGAUGACUGCGCCCCAAAGGCUCGUCAAUUUAAGAUCCAUAAUGUAAGUGAAGUCCUGCGCCGCCACGUUCGCCUACGACGCCUGACCGGUUAGACCAACGUAAUGUCCUUUACAUAUCCAUACUACCGAUACUGCUCCGUGUCCUGGUGCAAGAACAAUGGACGGUCACUCAAGUCCGGAUUGCGCUUCUUUCGUAUCCCAAUGGACAGCAGGUUGCCGGCAUGGGUGGCAUACACAGGAAGGGAGGACCUCAAAACAAAGACAGCCAGUAUGCUAAGUCGCAACUACAAAGUGUGCAGUGACCAUUUCACGGAUCGCGACUUUAUGAAUCCUGCAUGCCACAACAGGCUCACACGGCAGGCCAUACCAUCCGUCCCUCAUGAUGCAAAAGUUGCAGUUAGUGGCCAAAAAAAAGCACACUCUCGGCCGUCCAGUGCGGCCAACGAACGGCUGUCCACUUGCCAGAGGACCACAAAGAGGAGGUGGAAGUGGCAGAACGAGGCCUGGCGUUUUUGUCCUUCACCCGUUGACAACAAUAACCAGGCGACACCUGAUGACGAUAGUGAUGAUGGAGCAGCGAUGGCACCUCUGCCAGCCACCACCUCUGACGAGCAGUUCUUUAAUCAUGAAGACGUAUCACUUUACCUGGAGGUACUGUCGCACAUCUGUCGUGCAUCUGCAUUGCAUGAUGAGAAAAUACUCUCACUUACCCAAGAGUAGCACGUAACUACAAGGAAAGCCCAUACUGAUUUCUCAGAGAUAAAGUUUCACACAUUUACAAAAAGAAUUCCUGGUUCGAACGUGGGACCAACGCCUUUGCAGGGGUGGUUGCUCUGGCUAAUAACCUGAUUAGAAAUCGGGCCCGGUUAACCAUUAAAAGGGUACUGACACCAAUUUUUGAAGUUGACUUUACUCUGCCAUACAAAUAUCCUGAAUGCAGGAACGGCUCUGAGCAAGUGUGAAGCUCUGUAAAUGCUGAUAAGAUGUUUUAUUUUCACAUUAAAGUCUACUUUCUCAUGAUGCACGUAGUGACAUUGACAUUAUCGUGAUGUCACGCCACGAUUCAGCGUCCUUUUUUUUCUCUUCUCCUCAGCCAUGUAUUUGUGUAUGCAUGUCUGGAAUAAGGACUCAGACUCAGUAUCAA